AUGCUAGCAUGGUCCAUUGAGCUGUCCCAAUUCCAAAUCAAGUUUGAACCCCGAAACGCAAUCAAAGCACAAGCCAUGGCCGACUUCAUCGCCGAAAUGACUCUGGGAAACACCACUCCUGAGUCAUGGAAGCUGCACAUCGACGGCUCAUCAAACGUCACCUCCGGAGGUGCCGGGGUCAUACUCGAAAGCCAAAACGGGAUUGUAAUCGAACAGUCAGUACGAUACGAAUUCCCAGUUUCUAACAAUCAAGCAAAAUAUGAGGCCCUCCUAGCAGGCCUAGCCCUAGCCAAGGACGUCGGAGUGAAAGUCCUGGAACUAAGCACCGAUUCACAGGUAGUCAGCUCCCAAAUCAACGGAGACUACCAAACACGCGACCUUUUACUUCAACAAUACCUCGCCAAGGUAAACGAACUGAAAGAAUGGUUCAAUCACAUUACCAUAAGGCACGUUCCCAGAGAACGAAAUACCAGAGCAGAUCUCCUCUCCAAGCUAGCCAGCACCAAACCAGGACACGGCAAUAAAUCACUAAUUCAAGAAGUCGUUAAAUCACCGUCCAUAUCCACAACAGCUAACGCUUGCCUAACACUCUCUAGACAAGGAUCAUGGACCUACCCCAUCCUACAAUACCUCCUCGAUGGAACCCUACCUAAAGACCCCAAAGAGGAGAAACGAACAAAAAGAGAAGCCACCAAUUACACGAUUGUCGCAGGACAAUUAUACAAACGCGGACUCUCGCAACCCCUUCUCAAAUGCGUCGAACCCGAAGACACGAAGUACAUACUCCGCGAAAUCCACGAAGGAUGUUGCGGCCACCACAUCGGAGGUAAAACCCUCGCCCAGAAAGUCAUCCGAGCCGGCUACUUCUGGACCACGGUUAUCCGGGACUCCAUGAAGCUAGUAAAAAAUUGUGAUAAAUGCCAAAGGCACGCCAACAUCCAUCAGGCCAACCCGCACCAGCUCAGCAUCAUAUCGGGAGAACGGCCAUUCGGCACUUGGAGAAUCGACCUUGUCGGACCCUUUCCUACGGCACCCGGCCAACUCCGAUAUCUCAUCGUCGCCAUAGAUUACUACACUAAGUGGAUCGAGGCCGAGUCCCUGGCCUCCAUCACGGCAACCCAAUGCCGAAAAUUCCUCUGGCGAUAG